CCGCCGCGUUAUCCGGCGCUCUGAUUGGUCGGAAUCUCCUGACCUCAUUUGAGACCCCGCCUUCUCUCCCGGCAGAGGACAGGGCAAAGAUGGCGACGUCCCUGAGGUGUUUUCUGCGCUCCGGAAAGCGGGCCGGGCUGGUGGCGGCUCAGCGGGGGUUCUCCCGGAGCUCUGCGGCCGCUGUUCAGGUGAACGUCCGCGAUGCCCUGAACCAGGCGAUGGACGAGGAGCUGGAGCGAGACGAGCGGGUGUUCCUGCUGGGGGAGGAGGUGGCUCAGUAUGACGGGGCCUACAAGGUCAGCAGAGGUCUGUGGAAGAAAUACGGCGACAAACGGAUCAUCGACACGCCGAUCUCAGAGAUGGGCUUUGCUGGUAUCGCGGUCGGCGCCGCCAUGGCCGGCCUCAGACCCAUCUGUGAGUUCAUGACCUUCAACUUCUCCAUGCAAGCCAUCGACCAGGUCAUCAACUCUGCUGCCAAGACCUACUACAUGUCGGCCGGGCUGCAGCCGGUGCCCAUCGUCUUCAGGGGACCCAACGGGGCGUCGGCCGGCGUCGCUGCUCAGCACUCGCAGUGCUUCGCCGCCUGGUACGCCCACUGUCCAGGUCUGAAGGUGGUGAGUCCCUGGAACUCUGAAGAUGCCAGAGGUCUCCUGAAAGCAGCCAUCAGAGACGAUAAUCCUGUCGUGUUCCUGGAGAACGAGCUGAUGUACGGCGUUCCCUUCGAGAUGUCCGAGGAGUCGCUGUCCAAGGAUUUCACCAUUCCCAUCGGCAAGGCUAAGGUCGAGAGGCAAGGCGCUCACGUCACCCUGGUCUCCCACUCGCGGUUCGUCGGCCUCUGCCUGGACGCCGCCGCCGUCCUCGCCAAGGAGGGAGUCGACUGUGAGGUGAUCAACCUGCGGACCAUCCGCCCGCUGGACGUGGAGUGCAUCGAGGGCAGCGUGAUGAAGACCAACCACCUGGUGACGGUGGAGGGCGGCUGGCCUCAGUUCGGCGUGGGAGCGGAGAUCUGCGCCCGGAUCAUGGAAGGUCCGGCCUUUAACUACCUGGACUCCCCGGUUACCAGGGUGACGGGCGUGGACAUCCCCAUGCCGUACGCCAAGAUCCUGGAGGACCACAGCCUGCCUCAGGUCAAAGACAUCAUCUUCUCCGUGAAGAAGACCCUCAACGUCUGACACCAGAGCCCAACGUGUAAAUAUCAUGAAAUCUUCCCCCAAACGCUCCGACGCCGUUCAGUUCUCACCACGUCUCACAUCCUCACCUUCAGCCGCUCGCCGGGUCGGCCCGGUCCGGUCCGGUCGGUGGGGAGCAGCGGCGCCGCUGAAGGCUGAGCAGUAUUUAUUGUAGCUGCAGCUCUUUGGAUGUUUGUCGCUGAAAGUGACUCUGUUACACCAAUAAAAUCCUCUUAGUCCUUUU